AUGAAAGUUGAUAGCUAUCACCUGAAGUACUGACUGAACUGAAUUGAACUAUGGCUGGCAUGUUGGGAUCCGUGACACCAUUUGAUAAUAAGUCACAAUCAUGGGAGGAGUAUUGUGAAAUAUUGAAUCAUUUUUUCGUGGCAAAUGAUGUUGAAGAACCAGAGAAAAAACGAGCUAUAUUGUUGAGCUGUGUGGGAGCUCAGACGUACACACUAAUGAGGAAUUUACUGAGUCCUGAGAGACCGGGAUCAAAAAGUUAUGAGGAUCUGGUGAGUUUGCUGAAAAAUCACUUUAAUCCGAAGCCUAGUGAAAUAGUUCAAAGGUGGAAGUUUAAUUCACGUAACAGACGAUUUGACGAAAGCAUAGUAGAAUAUGUGGCCGAAUUGAGGAAGCUGGCACAAGAUUGUAAUUUUGGAGACACGCUUACAGUUAUGCUGAGAGACAGAUUAGUGUGUGGUGUUAAUGAUGACAGCAUACAACGGAGAUUACUGGCUGAGGAUGGACUGACGUUUGAGACUGCUCUAAGGAAAGCUCAAGCUAUUGAAGCUGCUAAUAAGGAUAUGGCUGAUUUGCAUAAAGAUACAGGAAAUCGAAUGGGUACCACUGUUUUCAAAAUGGACACAGGAGAAAAAAGUAGAGCGAGUGUUACAGGAAUGUGCUAUCGAUGUGGUGGAAGUAACCAUGGACCAAAAGACUGUAGAUUUGCCAACGAAAAGUGUUAUAAUUGUGGUAAAAUUGGACAUGUGAAAAGAGUAUGUAGAAUGAAACCACAAGAAACUGGUGUUAAUAAAGACAGGAAAUUUUGGAAAUGGGGGAGAGGAAAUCAAUCAAAGAGGGCAAAUUAUCUUCAAGAAGAGGAGGAAGAUCCAUCUGAAGAAGUGUUCACCAUGUAUAGUUUAGAGACCCCACAGCCCCAUGUACCCCCUAUUACACAGACACUGAUUGUAAAUGAAUGCCCUGUGAAGUUUGAGAUUGACACUGGAUGUAGUGUGACUGUCUUAUCACAGAUGGAGUAUGGAAAAAUGGAAGCUAAAAAGAACUGGGCUGAACUCAAAACAAGCUCUCUCAGUCUAAAAACAUACACAGGACAGCCAGUGCACGUUCUAGGUACCACCAAGGUUAAAGUCAACCACAAAGGGCUUAUCAAAGAACUCACAGCAGUAGUGGUGGCAGGAGCUGGGCCUAAUUUAUUAGGACGAUCAUGGCUUAUAGACCUGGAACUCAGCUGGGAAAGAGUGAGUAAAAUUACAGAUACCUCAGAGUUGUUGCAAGACAUCUUAAGGAAACAUGAAACCGUUUUCAAAGACGAACUUGGAACAUUAAAAGGAGCCACUGCUAAGAUUCAUGUACCAAGGGAUGCAAAGCCUCAUUUUUUUAAAUCAAGGUCACUGCCUUUUGCUAUGAGAGAGAAAGUUGAAGCCGAACUUGAUCGCCUGAUUAAAGACCAUGUUAUAGAGCCUGUGAAAUUCUCAGAGUGGGCAGCACCUGUUGUGCCUGUUUUAAAACCAGAUGGGUCAGUAAGGCUUUGUGGAGACUACAGAGUAACCAUUAACAGAGAGUCAUCACUGGAGCAGUAUCCUAUUCCUCGAAUGGAGGACAUGUUUGCAGUUUUAGCUGGAGGUAAAAAGUACAGCAAGUUAGAUAUGAGUCAUGCAUAUCAACAGAUUGUGUUAGAUGAGACGUCCAGGCCGUAUGUGACUGUGAAUACCCACAAAGGAUUGUUCACGUACACCAGAUUACCUUUUGGCGUUAGUUCCAGUCCAGCAAUCUUCCAGAGGACCAUGGAAGGGGUCCUGAAAGAUAUUCCAAAGGUCACUGUAUAUCUGGACGACAUCUUGCUGACAGGACGAGAUGAUCAGGAGCAUUUGAGGACACUAGAUCAAGUGUUGCAGCGUUUGGAGGAGUAUGGUUUGAGGUUGAAAAGGGGAAAGUGUAAAUUCUUGGAAAAGGAAGUCAUUUUCCUGGGACACAAAGUGGAUGCCACUGGUAUUCAUCCAGUUCCUGAAAAAGUCCGAGCAGUUCAAGAUGCACCAAGACCGACGUCAGUAACAGAGCUGAAAGCAUAUUUGGGACUGUUGAAUUUCUAUAACAGGUUUCUGCCAAACCUCUCAACACUGCUUGCUCCAUUGCACAGGCUUUUAAAGAAGGAUGUCCCCUGGUGUUGGAAAGAGGAAGAAGAGGAAGUUUUUAAAAAAUCCAAAGAGUUACUGCAGUCUAACCGUGUGUUAAUCCACUAUGAUGAGAAAAAACAAUUAGUGCUUUCUUGUGAUGCCUCAGCGUACGGUGUGGGAGCCGUGUUGGCACACCGUAUGGCAGAUGGAACGGAGAGACCCAUUGGGUUUGUAUCACGAACACUUACAGUAGCAGAAAAAAACUACUCACAGCUGGAGAAGGAGGGUUUAGCUGUAGUGUUCGGGGUAAAGAAAUUCCAUAAAUAUCUGUAUGGCCGUAAAUUUGUGAUCUGUACAGACCAUAAACCUUUAUUAAGUUUACUGAAUGAACUGAAAGCUGUGCCGCAGAUGGUCUCUCAAAGAAUUAUGAGAUGGGCAGUGAUGUUGGGGGCAUAUGAGUAUGUCAUUUCUUAUAGAGCGGGCAAGGACAAUGGAAAUGCAGAUGCCCUCAGUCGUCUUCCUGUUCUAGAGAUUCCAGAGAAAGAAUCGAAGGAGGAUUAUGUUUUGAUGUUGGACAGCGUUGUAAGUCCUUUGACGACAUCAGAGCAAAUCAAGCACUGGACAACUCGAGAUCCUGUCCUCUCUAGAGUGCGUGAGUAUGUGCUUAAAGGUUGGCCUGAUCACAGUAAUACAAAUGAAUUUGCACCUUAUAAACAGAGACAACAAGAGCUCAGUGUUCAAGACGGGUGUGUGCUGUGGGGAGCCCGCAUCAUCAUUCCAGAGCAAGGACGUUCGGGGUUGCUGGAACAGCUACACCAGUCUCACCCAGGUAUGUCAAGGAUGAAAGGCCUGGCAAGGAGUUACCUGUGGUGGCCAAAUUUAGAUGUUGACAUUGAGGCCCGAGUAAAAGAUUGUACUGUGUGUCAAGAACACCGAAAAGCCCCUGUGGGUGCACCACUUCAUCCGUGGGAGUGGCCACGACAGCCAUGGAGAAGAGUUCAUAUGGACUAUGCUGGUCCAUUCCUGGGAAAGAUGUUUUUAAUCUUAGUUGAUGCCCAUUCUAAGUGGAUUGAGGCAUAUCCCGUAAAUUCAGCAACAACAGCGAAUACUCUUGAGUGCCUCAGAAAGAGUUUCAGUACCCAUGGCAUUCCUGAAAUGAUGGUGUCGGAUAACGCUCAGUGUUUUGUAAGUGAAGUGAGCAAAGAAUUUAUGUCUAGAAAUGGCAUAACGCAUGUUACUUCUGCCCCGUAUCAUCCAUCAUCUAAUGGUCUUGCUGAGCGGGCAGUCCACACUUUUAAGGACCUUAUGAAAAAAAGUUCUGGGAACACUAUGGAGACCAAGUUGCAUAGAGCAUUGUUUAGCUAUCGUAUUACACCCCAGUCUACAACGGGAUUGUCACCUGCAGAAAUGAUGAUGGGGAGGAAAUUGCGAUGCACCCUAGACAGAAUGCACCCUGACUUCACCAGCAAAAUUGAAUUGAAACAACAAGUUCAAAAAGAGCAACAUGACCAACAUGCAAAAUCUCGCUGUUUUGAAGUAGGAGAUGCGGUGUACACUAGGAACUUUGGGUAUGGACCAAAAUGGGUGCAGGGAGUAAUUCAGGAAAUCACAGGACCUGUAUCCUAUAAAGUGGCAAUAGGAAGUGCCCAAAUAGUGCGACGUCAUGUGGAUCAAUUAUUCAGGCGACAACAAAAAGAGAUCCUGACUAAAGACUUUCAAGCGGCCUUGGGGGAACCUUAUGAUUCUGAUGUGGUGUCAAUUGAUGCUGAUGUUAAAAUGCCUGAAUCACUCAAUGCAGUCCGCCGUAAUGCCCUGACCAAAGACUCUACAGAAAAGGAAAAAGAGCUCCUCAUCACCAGGUGGCUGCAGCCUCUGAUAGGGAUGGUGGCCGAAGCCAGAGGAGCCAGAAAUGUCAACAUCAGACCCAUCACCAUCAACAUCAUCACCAUCACCAUCACCAUCAACACCAGUAGAAACACAGGACCGUUUAUGGGAACGUUUUGA